AUGUAUAUUCAGGACGGGCAGCAGAAGAAUCACGAGGGAUAUGUUGGCUUCGCCAGCCUCCCCAACCAAGUCUACAGGAAGUCUGUGAAACGGGGCUUCGAGUUCACAUUAAUGGUUGUAGGCGAAUCAGGCUUGGGGAAGUCUACAAUGAUUAACUCUCUCUUCCUCACCGACCUGUACUCCUCAGAACACCCGGGCCCGUCACAUCGAGUCAAGAAGACUGUCCAGGUCGAGCAGUCAAAAGUGUUGAUGAAGGAGGGCGGCGUUCAGCUGCUGCUCACGAUGGUGGACACGCCGGGGUUUGGAGAUGCUGUAGACAACAGUAACUGCUGGCAGCCCGUCAUCGAUCACAUCGACAGCAAGUUUGAGGAUUACCUGAACGCAGAGUCGCGCGUGAACAGGAGGCAGAUGCCCGACAACAGAGUUCACUGCUGCCUGUACUUCAUCGCUCCUUCAGGACACGGACUGAAGCCGCUGGACAUCGAGUUCAUGAAACGGUUGCACGAGAAGGUGAACAUCAUCCCUCUGAUCGCCAAGGCGGAUACCCUCACUCCUGAAGAGUGCCAACAGUUUAAGAAACAGAUCAUGAGAGAAAUCCAAGAGCACAAAAUCAAAAUCUAUGAGUUUUCAGAGACCAACGAUGAAGAGGAGAACAAGCUUGUGAAAAAGAUCAAGGACCGACUUCCUCUGGCUGUAGUUGGCAGCAACACCAUCAUCGAAGUGAGCGGGAAGAAGGUUAGAGGGAGGCAGUACCCAUGGGGUGUGGCAGAAGUUGAAAAUGGAGACCACUGUGAUUUCACCAUUCUGCGGAACAUGCUGAUCAGGACUCACAUGCAGGACCUGAAGAACGUCACCAACAACGUCCACUAUGAGAACUACAGGAGCAGGAAGCUGGCUGCCGUCACCUGCAACGGGAUGGACAACAACAAGACCAAAGGGCAGCUCACAAAAGCUGACUCGGUCGAAGGCAUGAGCCCUCUGGCGCAGAUGGAGGAGGAAAGGCGAGAGCAUGUGACUAAGAUGAAGAAGAUGGAGAUGGAAAUGGAGCAGGUGUUCGAGAUGAAAGUCAAAGAGAAGGUCCAGAAGCUGAAAGACUCCGAGGCAGAGCUGCAGCGGCGUCACGAGCAGAUGAAGAAGAACCUGGAGGCUCAGCACAGGGAGCUCGAGGAAAGGAGACGUCAGUUCGAGGACGAGAGGGUGAACUGGGAGACCCAGCAGCGCAUCCUCGAGCAGCAGAGACUCGACAGGACUUUGGAAAAGAAACAGAAAAAAGGGAAGAUAUUUUAAAAACCGCUUGCAAGAAGACAGUGUUGUUCAUCGCCGCUUCCCCGAGCUCCUAAUGUCUGCCAUAAAAACCGCAUUCGGCUCACAGCUGGAUGUGCAUACACAGCUGGGUGUGGACUAAAGCCAAACUAUUAAGUGUGUGUGUGUGUGUGUGUACACAUGCCAAAAUCUGUACUCUUAUCGUUUUUACCACCUGACCUCUGAUACAGUUUUCUUUGAUUGUUGUUGCCUACCAUGGUGUCAAAAACAAAAAAUGUUCACAAGGUGUGUGUGUGUCCCGAUAUAAAUUAAAAACAUUGAGUUAUGCAGAGUGAAAUGGAAACUAGACCACUCCGGAGCCGUUCAUUAAACCGUUGUCUCUCUCCUCAGACCACUUAAUUAUAGCUUCAUUAAUAUUUCAGCUAGUUUAUUUUUAUAUAUAUAUAUAUAAAAUAUUAUCUAUGUAUGAAUGUGUAUCCGGAGCCAGUUAAAGUCUUAAAUGCUCUUGGGGUGUUUUGUUUUUCCCUCGCUCAAUGUUUGAUGACUCGGACGGUUUUGUAAAAGAUUUGACCUGAUGUUCAUGUGAUCGCUGUGAUUAAACAGCAGUGAUUUCCAGUGUUUGUUUAAAGCUGUGUAAAGUUACACCUGAUGUGUUCUUUUGGAAAAGAAAAAAAAGUAAGGCAUAUUUUCACCUUUUGGUUACGUAUUCCUUUUUCUGUAUUUUUAUUUUUUCAUUUGUUAUUGUACAGUCACUUAAUAAAUGUGUGAUGCAGAGUGAGGUAAUGUUACACGCUGAUGUUUCCACAGUCUAAGCAGUGUUUUUUUUUUUUCUUCCCCACUUUUUAUCGUAAUGUUUAAUUGAUUUAUGGUGGAACUCGAUUUAUCCUUCAGUAAAAACACAUCUGGACAAAAUACCAUACAGUUCUUCAUGCAUUUCAUUACCUUUCCCAGACCGACCUCGGAUUAUAAAGAGGUCGACGUUCCAUAGUGUUGAUUCAGAAGUUAAUGGUAUCCCCAGAGAAUGGAUGAGAAUAAUUUUGAGGUUGACUUUGUGCACAAUGAUUCAGAUUUUCCAGCCACAUGUGAAAGGAUUCAUCUUUUGUCUGAUUAAGGGUUUUUUGUUUUUUUGUUUUUUUUAAUAUACAGGGUGUCUCAAAAAAAAAAUUUACUCACACUUUGAAUGACGAGAGAACCUUUAUUUAUGAAGAUAAUGAAAUGGAAUAGCUUCGAAUACAGAAGACAAAUGUAAUCGAAGAAUCAUGUUCGCAAAUGUUCAAAUUGAUGACCGUUAUUGUCCAGACAACGCUGAUACCGCGCACCAAGGGAUUCGCAAACGUCACGAAACAGGUCAUUAGGAAUAUCGCGACAUUGUCUUUCAAUUUCCAAUUUCAAUGCAUCAAUUGUUCUUGGUUUGGUGCGAUAAUUUCCUGCCAUGCUGUGAUUAAUUAAUUACACCUGCAACACAAAAAAGGCAGCAUGUUAGGGACAGUUAAAGUGUGAGUACAUAUUUUUUUUUGAGACACCCUGUAUAUAAAGAGCAGGUGAAGCUGUAGAUUUUCACCCAAGCUAAAUAGCAGAUGUAUCUAAUAGUCAUUUGAAGACAAAGGACCGCUAAACAAGUGAAUUCAGGUCCGACUCCUGUUCAGUUCGAAUAAAAGCCUUUAACCGUA